UCACCACCACGAUGGAUCCACUCGAAGAACAACAGCAGGAGCUUGAAGUGCUUGACCUGAUCUACCCCGAUGAGUUGGAGAAGCACUCCGAAUCUCUGUUCACUGUGAGCAUCAAGUUGGACACCACUUCUUCUAAAAUUCACACUUUGGUGUUAUCAGUUAAGUAUCCUCCCGAAUACCCCAAUGAGCCUCCACAGAUGACAUUGGCUAAAGAGGAGGAGUACGAGGCCAAUGAUGACAGCGACGACGACAGCGACGAAGAUGCCCGCCAGUUGGCCCGAAACAUCAACUUGCCGGAGCAGGUGAGCUUUGAUAGAGAUGAUUUGAAGAGCAUCUUGGCCAAGUUGAAUGAGGAAGCCGAGUUGCAAUUAGGAAUGCCAUCGGUAUUUGCCAUUAUAACGUUGAUGAAGGACGAAGGUGAAGACCUCUUUCGGCGUAAGUUGGGAGUGUUGGAGAAGCACCGUGAAGAUGAGUUGAACAAACAGGAAGCUGAACUGUCGAAGAAGUUUAUUGGAACCAAGGUGACCACUGAAUCGUUCAAUAAAUGGAGGGAGCAGUUUAGGAAGGAAUUGGGGGUAGACGAGCGGUUGGCCAACUUUUACAAGGCCCAACAUGGUGGGAAAAUGAGUGGACGGGAGAUAUUUGAGAAGGGGUUGGCCAAUGACGACGAUUUGGUUGAGGCUUUUGACCUGGUGAAGGUUUAGAAACCCAUGAGUGACAAACUGGUAUAUUGUCACUGUUACAUUAAGCAUUGUCUACCUAUUACUGUAUAUUAAUAUAUAUAUCUUUGCAUCAGCCAACAGUGCCUACCCACUCCCACACCUUGAUGAUUUCACCGUGAUGUUCAAUCAACCGGUAGCUUAUAUUAGAGUUCUUCUCAAUCUUAGUGCUCACCUGCUUCCACAAGUUCAACUUAUACUUGAGAUUGGUCUCGAUCAACAUCAAAUCUCGCAACUGGUUGGCCCCUAUGUACUUGAUAGGCUGCAGCCGUUGCUCUUGCAACUUGUGGAUGAUGUCGUGGUAGAUCUGGUUGAUUUUGUGUUUCUGCUUUAAAUGCUCGUCGUACUGGAGUUUAAUGAUAAUCACGAUGAUGGUGAGCACCAUCACACCAAUGAUAGAAUCCUUAUUCCUGUAAAGAGUUAGCACCAAAGUGCUUUGUAAUUGGCACUUUAAACUAAGGUUUUGUAGGGACGUUGAUCGAAAAACUUGGUUCUUGGUUUUCUCCUCAUGUCUUUGGUGGUGAUGCGAAUCGAUGGGUUGUACGUGACGAUGUGAAAGUUCAGUAAUUAUUUCGGGUUCUUUUUCGAUUUCAACAAGUGAUCGUUCCCAGAGUUCAUUGAAUUCUUCCAAGGUGAUGUACGGAGCUUUCAUCGAAAGUAAAAGCUCAUACAAGUCAUCUUGGGAAAGUCCACUUUCUUCAUUAUCGUUUCCGAUUCCACAAUUGACCAUGGCAUUCUUGGACCGUAAGAUAUCCAAAGAGAAGUUGAUCAUGGCCUCAAGCUUUUCCGCCUUCUUGGUGUCAGGAACACAUUUCUUUUCCGAAGGAUGCAAAAACGGUACUAAAUCAUAGUACCAAGGCUUGGACACCACAAAAUCUUCGUAGCAUGCCAACUCCAAGUACUCAAAACAUCUACCAUGUCCAGGACACUUCACACAUUGGGGUUUGAACGAGUCCAAAUACUGCCCUAAACUGUUGACAAUUGGAUACUGGGAAUUGUAGAAAGUUGGUUCGUCAAUGGAACUGCCACAGUAUCCGAUCAAGAAGCUUUGUUCUCGAUACCAGAACAAGAAGAACCCGGUGAGAGAGAGAAGGAACCAAAGCCAAAUGUACAAAAGAAUUGGAGCCAAGGACUUCUUGGGGGUUGGUUGGGUAUCUUCUUCUUGAUCUUCGUCUUGAUCUUCGUCUUCACUUUCUUCAUCCUCGACAUAUGAGGACUCUGAGAUCACAUCUAUUGACCUUGGUCUGGGGGCGAGUUUGGGUCCUGGAGUCAACUUGAUGAUACUUG